AUGUCCGAAAAUUCAACGGAUAUUUCACCGAAUCCUUAUGAUGACCCAUCCAUUCCAUAUGUGGAGCCACCAGAGAAUCCUUUAUUUCAAAAAUCACUUGAAAUGAUGAAGCAGGAUAAAAUAUUCCGAGAUUUAAACGUAAAUCUGAGUGUAUUAAGUGUUGCAGGUGGUUUAAUAGUAUUAUCCAUAAUAGCUGCUAUGUGGCUUUACGAUAAGAGGCUGGUAAACCGCGUUUCACUCAGGCUUACGACCGUGAUAUCUUUGGUUGACAUACUUACUGGAAUAGCUGUGAUAGAAUAUUCGACAUAUGUUGCAAGAGACACAUUGAGAUGCACAUUUAUCGCUUGGGCGAUGUCCUUUUGUCCUCAAUUAUAUUUAUUUUUGACUGUGAUGAUAGCAUUUAACCUUCAG